AUGUUUUCGAACCACAGCACAGAAAAAGAGGAUCUCAAUAAUAGUUACUCCAUCCAUACUUUGAGGAUGAACACUCUUGAACCCCCUGCACCCCCUGCACCGCAGAUGCAACCAUACAAGAGCACAUUCGGUAAUCCCGCACCUUUGGGCUUGAUAUCCUAUGGUACUGGUUUCCUGUUCUCGUCAAUAAUGACGCUCGCCUCCAAGAGCGUCGGCUCACCCAACCUGGUCAUGGUUCUCGCCACCUUCUACUGCGGUAUCACACUAACACUUGUGGGCAUGUGGGAGAUGUUCCUUGGUAACACUUUCAGCGCAACACUAUUUACUACAUAUGGAGGUUUUAACUUCUCAUAUGGUGCUAUCUUCCUGCCUCAAGUCGGUAUUGCGGCUGCAUACACUGUUGACGGGGUUGUCGGGCAGGGGUACUUUAACGCCAUCGGCAUCUACCUCGCCGUCUGGACCUUGGUUACAUUCCUCUUCUUUCUCGGUACACUCCGAACGACUAUCCCCACUAUUGUAACAUUGGGAUUUAGCGUCUGCGCGCUCGUUUGUCUUUCUUUAAACGCUUUCACCGGCAACCCACAUUUGGCUACUGCAGGUGGUGCCAUGGGUGUCAUCGCUUCCUUCGGCGCAUACUACAGCGCCUUCUCCCUCUUCUGGACACAACAGACCACACUCUCAUUCAUUCGUCUCCCUCCUCUCGCUAUAGCCCCUCUCGACGUCUAAGUGCUGGGCUAGGAUUCUCGUUGGGGCACUCUUUCUCUUUCUGGGUUUGGUGCUGCAUCUCCAACUACGCUCCAAGUUUUCACUACAUAAUACUAGGUGUUUGUAGUGCAGGCACAAACUUUGGGCUAGUCUUGGGAAUUUUUCGGUCGUAUUCUCGCUGCUUCCGAUCAUCGAACUCUUAGUGCUAAAAUUAACAGGGUGAUGUCUCUGUUUUGUCAUGUUGAAAUAUUUCGAGAUUUGUUAGCAUAUUUUAGCGAGUACUCCCGUGCUCUCUUCUAAUAAUAUCAAUG